AUAUCGGUACCAAAUGGGGCAAUAAAUAGACAUCGUUGGAGCGUCACCUACAACUCACUCUUGCGUUUCCUCUUCUCGAUUGGAGAACACAAACCCGAAGAAGAUCAAAAAUGGCUGCGAUGUCGAAAAAGAUGGGAGCUUAUGGCGGCGGCGGGGGGAGUGGAUGGGACGAUGGAGCUUACCUCGGGAUAAGAAAGGUGUUCGUCGGACGAGAUUUCACGCGCAUAACUUACGUCAAGUUCGAGUACGACAAUGGAGACAGAUUCGAAACACGUGAUCAUGGGAAAAUCCAGCAACAACCUCAAGAGUUUGCGCUCGACUAUCCGAACGAAUACAUCACAUCGGUGGAGGGAACGUACAGAAAUGUCAAAAUCUGUGGUGGUACGGACGUUGUUACGUCCCUUGCCUUCAAAACAUCAAAGGGGAGAACCUCUCCGAGGUUCGGCUCUGAUGUCGGCACAAGAUUUGUAAUUGAAGACAAAGGUCGUAGAAUUGUCGGGUUCCAUGGACGAACAGGAAACGCUCUCGAUUCUCUCGGCGCUUAUUUCGCCCGAGUUUCAUCGAUCUCGUAUCCUAUCAAAGAACUGGAUGCACAAGGUGGCAAUGGAGGAGAUCUCUGGGAUGACGACACCUACGACGGUGUAAGAAAAGUUUAUGUCGGAAGAAAUGAUCAUUGCGUGACUUACGUUAAGUUCGACUAUGAUAAGGGCGGUCUAUUGGAAUCGCGUGAUCAUGGGAGGAGGGCCCAAUCACCGAUAGAGUUCGUGCUUGAUUACCCGGAAGAGUAUAUCACAUCUGUGGAGGGAACUUACAGCUUCGUUGGCCAUUUUGGCAAUACGAUUGUUACGUCACUUAGCCUCAAAACGUCUAAACAAAGAGCUUCUCCAUUGGUCGGAAUCGUGACGGGUACGAAAUUUGUACUCGAGGACAAGGGGGGGAAACUUAUCGGGUUCCAUGGACGUUCCGGCCAUGCCCUUGACGCCCUCGGAGCUUAUUUCGUGCCGAGUUCCUUAACUCCUCCUUACAAAUCGCACGCGAAGGGUGGAAGUGGUGGGAAUGCUUGGGAUGAUGGCACCCAUGACGGUAUAAGGAAAGUUUACGCCGGGCGGAACAAUUCGGAUAUAUCCUAUGUUAAGUUCGAGUACGACAAGGCUGGAAAAUUUCAAGCCCAUGAUCAUGGAAAGAUAGUGCAACAACCUAUCGAGUUUGCGCUUGAUUACCCGAACGAACAUAUCACGGAAGUGGAAGGAACCUUCCGCAACGUUGUAACGUCGCUUAGUUUCAAAACAUCUAAGAAGAGGACAUCUCCUACGUUUGGUGUUGUGUCCGGUACGAAAUUUGUGCUCGAAGGGAAAGGAAGCAGAAUCGUCGGCUUCCAUGGUCGGGCGGGCGAUGCCGUCGACUCUCUCGGAGCAUAUUUUGGUCCGAUAAUAUCUCGAUCCAAGAAACUUGAAGCGCAUGGCGGAAACGUAGGGACUGCAUGGGAUGACGGUCCACAUGACGGUGUGAGGAAGAUAUACGUCGGACAAGGCGAUUCGGGUGUAGUUUUCGUCAAGUUUGUGUACGAUAAGGGCGAGAAAGUUGUAGCCGGGGACGAUCACGGGAAGAAGACGCUCCUCGGAACAGAAGAGUUCGAGCUCGAUUAUCCGGACGAGUACAUCACAUCGGUUAUAGGGCGUUACGACAAAAUCGCGGGAAUUCAAGGCGAGAUCAUAACGGUGCUUAGGUUCAAGACGAACAAGCGAACGUCCCCGCCGUUCGGGCUCGAUGCCGGGACGGAGUUCGUGCUCGAGGAGAAAGGUAGCAAAAUCGUGGGGUUCCAUGGAAAAGCGAGCGACGUUGUUCAUCAAGUCGGAGUUCACGUCUUGCCGAUCUCCAACUGAUCAAAGCUCUCUCGUCGCAGAGACGAGAUCAGUGUCCGUGUCUAACUACGCACACUGCCGAAUAAGUUUGAAUAAGUGUGUCGUGGAGUUGUGUUGUUGCUCUGUUUCUCAUCUUCUUAUGUUGUUGACCUGCUUUUCGGUGUCGUUCUUUGUUUGGUCGAUGAGGGUUGCAUUGUAUAUCGGUUAUUAAUCGAACCGAAUAAGAGUGUAUUAGGGUUUCUUACGUUUUUAUUGUAUUCCUCCCCGUCUCUCAGACUCCCGGGGGACCUUCUUCAUC